AGUUGCCUUCAGAACUACAAAGAGACGCGAAGGCCUGACCACGUUUAAGAACAUUCUCAACUCUUUUGUCCGAUAAGUGUCUCGGUGUUGGUGUCGGUGAAGGGUCAGCGGUAGUAACUUACAGCCGUUUCUCCCUUUGACAAGGCUCUGAAGCGUGAAUCAUGAACCCGGCACGGCGCUGCUCGGCGCUUUUCGGCCAGCUGUGUGUGUCCUCGCGGGGGGGACCAGUAGCUAGGAGACCGUUUUCACCGGGAGCGGUGGUUGCCCCGGCGGGGGCACGGUGCUGUCACCCAGGAGGAGGGGGCGUCAAUGGGACCAGUCCACAGAUGAAACCUAGUGGGGUAUCCAACACAGCACCAGUUUGUCCAAUGGGCGGCAGCAGCAGCAGGUUGUUUGGCACGUUGGCCCAGUCACUAAACAGCGCCCCCUUGGCCCAACCAGACGUGUACCCAGAGGAGAACCCAGACCAGGAAUUGGACCAGGACCUGGCUGAGAUUGACCCAGAUCACCUGCUCAGAGAGUGCGAGGAGGCCCUACAGAGUCGUCCGGCCCGCCCACACAGAGACCUGGUUUUCACCGGUGGCUUGAUGCCUUCCCGACAAAAGCAUAACCCCCCCAUACGGGUCAUGCAGUGGAAUAUACUUGCACAAGCUCUUGGCGAGGGGAAGGAUGGGUUUAUCCGCUGUCCACUCGAUGCUCUUAACUGGCAGGAGCGGAAGUACCUGAUCCUGGAGGAAAUCCUCACCUACCGCCCAGAUGUCCUGUGUUUACAGGAAGUGGACCACUACUACGACACAUUCCAACCAAUCCUGGCCAGCCUGGGUUACCAUGGCACCUUCCUGCCCAAGCCUUGGUCUCCCUGUCUGGACGUAGAGCAGAAUAACGGUCCAGACGGCUGCGCUCUGUUUUACCGCCGCUCACGUUUCUCCUUACAGGCCACCUCUCACCUGCGGCUGUCAGCCAUGAUGCUACCCACCAACCAAGUAGCUAUCGUUCAGACGCUGAGCUGCCGUGCAACAGGCCACCGUCUGUGUGUGGCCGUCACACACCUGAAAGCUCGUAGUGGCUGGGAGAGGCUACGGAGCGCGCAGGGUGCUGACCUCCUGCAGAGUUUACGCAGCAUCACGUCCCGAUACAACAGCUGCAGUGAUGGCGAGACAGCGGCAGGCCCCGUCCCUCUUGUCGUGUGCGGGGACUUUAACGCAGAGCCCACAGAGGAUGUUUACAGGCGCUUCAGCUCCUCCCCCCUUGGUCUGGACUCUGCUUACAAGCUGCUGAGCUCUGACGGACAGUCAGAGCCUGCCUACACCACAUGGAAAAUACGCCCUUCAGGAGAGAGCUGCAGCACUCUGGACUACAUCUGGUACUCCCAUGAUGCUUUGAAUGUAGAGUGUCUGUUGGACAUUCCCUCAGAGGAGCAGAUCGGUCCUGACCGCCUCCCUUCCUACCACUACCCCUCUGACCAUCUAUCACUGCUGUGUGAUAUCACAUUCAGGGAGGAGCCUCAUAGGUUGAUGUAGGUUGCCAAUCCCAGCGAGCCUGGACCAAAAUGAUUGAGAGUAACUGGACCUUUUCUGUUAUUCAAAGGGGCAACCUAUAUGUGACAUUGUUUCUGGGUUUGAGUCACAAAGGAGUGAGGAAACCUAAUUGGACAUUUGAUUAUUGGCUAUCACAAGACUGAUAUGAACCCUCAGGCUGUGUUCAGAAAGCGAAAUAAUGCACAAAGUCAACACAAAUACAGUAAAAUCCAGAAUAUGUCACACCUGUUUAUAACAGUGAGUUUUUAGGGGAUCUUUCAGCACGGAAAAAGGUUACAACUCUCGAUCACGUUCUGUAAUAUUCAGCUUCUGUGCCGCUGUGGAGCUAUUUUGAUUUUUUACCACCAUGAGGAGCCAGCCAAAAGUACUCAAGCUAAACUCUCAGCCCACAGUAACAUUGAUGGUUGUGAAGUUCAGACACACAGCCCAAGAGGCACCCUGCCUAACUCCUCUGGUCAUUGGAGAAUCUUUUCAAUCAAACCAGCACUCCAGAAGUUUUAUUUACAGUAAAACCUGGUGUAAAAGAGGCACUACUAAUACCUGUUUUUAAAAUCUAUCAAUGUUUCCAUGUCCUAUAUACUGAUGCAACCAAUGUACCAGUAUAAAAUGCUGAGAUGCGUGCCAUCAUUACUGGAAAAAGUAACGACACAGUCUAAACAACCGUGGUGUGGCAGCAUUUUUGACAGCUUUUCUCCUUUGUUGGGGAACAACCCUGCAUUAAAGAGAAAUUGUGGUAUAUUGUUGAGUUAAUAAACCUUGUGGAGUGCUGGUUUGACUAAAAACUGGCAAUGAGUGUCUCACAAGCGGCACAGCUGCACAGAAACUGCAUUUCUCUUAAAAACGGUCAGUUUCUCAACAUUUUUUGCAGCAAACACCAUCUUGUACUCCUGCACUUUAGGAUGAUUGCAAUACGCUACCUCAUCAAUAAUAAGCCUUCAUAAUCCUAGCUUACCCGCUAUAAUUACACAUUAUUGAGUGAAACUUUCAAUUAGCAAGUCAUACUUUUUGGUUGUCUUUGUACUAACAGCCAACAUCAUCAAAGGUCAUCAAACUGGGACUGGAAGCAGCUGGAACCAGAUGUACUUCAUGGAAGAGGAAGGGAAAUGAGCUGAACUGUGAGAGUCCAGGUUGAUGAUACAAGCUUAGCGAAGAGGAAAUGUGCUUUUGAGACUUACCUGGAGUGGGGCAUUGUGUUUUACUAACAUAAAUAUACUCAAAUUAUCUGACAGUCUAACAAAGCGAAUUCUGGUCUGAUCAAAACUUGUCAUGUCACACUCUGCUGUUUUUUUUUUUUUAUAAUCGAGAAGGGGAACCUUAGAAGUAAUGAGACAUUAUGAAAUCACUUCUGCUGCUUGAGCUAGCAUCAUGUUGGUGUUUCAAAUGCCAAUGUGUGUAGAAGUUUUGAUCUCCUUUGUGUUUCUGUACUGGACUUAACCUGAGAAGGCAGCUAAAUGGUUAAUCUGGAAAUCAGCUGCAGUUAUUUAUUGUGUCUAAACUGGACAUUAGACUUUGUUACUUAAUUUUAUUAAAUUAUUAUUUUAAACAUUCUAUCAGUUUAGUUAUUUUAAACUAAUUUUCAAAUCUAUUUUCUUUUACUGGUGGGUCUUUAAGUUCACAUUGAUGAUCAUGAUAAUAUUGCUGCUGUGACAUCACUGAACUUAAGGGGAGAUGUUAUUACAUGGAAUAAAGUUGUUGUACUCUUA